ACCCACAGCCUGGCCAUGGGGGCGCCGUGAUGCCGGCGGCGCCCGAACAGGCCCCUCCUUCGUGGCCGGCCGUGAGGCGGAAGCAGGCGGGGCUGCCUUGGCGCUGGGCCGCCACCGUGGGCCAGAGCGCCUCCAUGGGACCCGAGCACCAGGCCGCCUCGGCGCAGGGCUUCUCCGUGCAGCGCCUGCUCGACCAGGCGCCCCCCGCCGCACAGCGCGCCCGGCAGCCGUCCACAGCUCCCAGCCGAAGUAACGGUGAGCCACCGCCUGCCGAGGGCCGCACGUCUGACGCCGCUCGACGCAGCCGCACCGCGUUCAGCGUCCAGCAGUUGAGUGCCUUGGAAAAGGCAUUCGAGCGCAGUCACUACCCGGAUGCCUUCGCCCGCGAAGAACUGGCCGCCAAGGUGAACCUCAGCGAAGCGCGCGUACAGGUCUGGUUCCAGAACCGGCGAGCCAAGUUCCGGCGCAACGAGCGCAGCGCGCAGCGCGUGGCCCGCGGGGAGGCCAGCGAGCAGCCUGUGCUGGCCGCGCCGCCGCCUCCUCCUCCGCACCAGGUCGCUCAGCUGGCGAGGCUUCCGGCUCAGGCCCCUUGGCAUUGCGCUGCCUCACUGCUGCCUCAGCCGCCGGCCCUGCACGGGUCGGCACGAUGGUGUUAGUAGCUGAAAACGAGUGCGACACAUCGACAACGACGACAUUGGCGGCCACAAUCAAACACGCAAAGGCCCGGUGCACGCUUUACACAGAACUGCCAAAGAGUGCUCACUGACUCGGGACAUGACAGCCGCAAGAGGGCGGCAGUGGCGCGAUCAGUUGAGAAACAGGUGAAAGUGGAAAAGUUCGUGUUUAGUAGCGCAGCUGUGUUUCCAAUAAACGAUGCUCUAGCCUGGGGCAGUAUAUUAUGAAGGCUAAAGAAACAACGUCACCACACACAGGGUAUGACCCACGAAAUGGGCCUUACGUGCAAAGGGCUUUCAGUCAGGGCCCCCCCUCUGAAAUACAACGCCUUCUUCAUUCUUCUUCUGCCUAUUCCCGAAGGCUAAAAUGUUACAGGAUCUUACAGUAAAAGUGCAAUAAACUUAUACUUGAAGUAUUCUCCAA